GUCUGGGUGCACAUUGUUUAGUGUUUUCGGCUUUGGAAGGAGAGAGAGAAUGGUCAUAUCAGUCUGUGUGAAGGGUCGGUCGACAAGGAUCGUGUCAGACUACAAAUGAUGAAACAUCGUGAACGGAACACUACACCGACUCAAAUUCCUAAACCCAACCGCGAGACCGACUCGAUGAUUAUGGCCACCGCUGACUCAGCAGUGAGAAGUUUAUCAGAAGUCGAAAAAUACCUUAACAGCCGGAACGAAAUGGCGGAAAGGAGCAGUGGCGAAGGGAACAGCCUGAACAUUCCGGAGUCGAUGUGUCGAGGCAGCUCGGAGAACAACCUAGAUCUGGAUCUGAGCGGUAUCCCAGACUCCCAACGCUACCUAGACUCCUCCCACCGCAGCUUAGACUCCUCCUACCGCUCCCUGCCCCCCGGACUCAACAGCCUGCAGCAGAAGAUCCUCCGGGUGACUGAGGAGUUGAAGAUUGAGCAGGAGGCUCGCGACGACAAUGUGGCAGAGUACCUGAAAUUGGUGAACAGUGCCGACAAGCAGCAGGUGGGACGCAUCAAGCAGGUGUUUGAGAAGAAGAACCAGAAGUCAGCCCACAGCAUCGCCAACAUGCAGAAGAAGCUGGAGCAGUAUCAUAAGAAGAUGAAGGACAGCAGUGAGAAGGACGCCAGCUCCAAACACCACAGCAGUCCCAAGGAGACCUCCAAGGACAGGCUGAGUCUCACCAUGAGCAACGUGAGCAGCGGUAGUGGACGACACCCCACGGACAAGAUCAAGACUGUAGGGCCUGGUGUCUCACUCUCACCGCCAUUCUUCUUCAGCAAGCCCCGGGACUUUGCCAACCUCCUCAGGAAUAAGUUUGGCAGUGCCGACAACAUCGCCCACCUCAAGACCUCCCUGGACACGCCCAAUUCCUUCCGCUGUGAAGGCACUGGGCGGGCCCUGAGCGGCACCAUCGGGGAUGGGAAGACAGCGACCCCCGCCGCCACAACGACCCCCAAGUACACAAGCGACGACGAGUGUUCCUCUGGCACGUCCCUGUCUGCGGACAGCAACGGGAACACCUUGGCUCAUGGGGUUGGCCUGGGUCUAGAAGGGGGUUUGGGGGCUGCAGUGACUCCUGGACAGAGCCUGGAGGUUGGGGACGGCCAGGGGAGGCAUGACCUGACCAUGGAGGAGGUGAGGGAGAUCAGGGAGACUCAGGGGCAGCUGGAGGAGGACAUGGAGACACUCAGGACCCAGUUCAAGAAAGACUACGGUUUCAUCACCCAGACGCUACAGGAGGAAAGAUACAGGUAUGAGCGUUUGGAGGACCAGCUGAAUGAUCUGACAGAGCUCCACCAGGCGGAAACAGCCGACCUGAAACAGGAGCUGGCAAGCAUCGAGGAGAGAGUAGCCUACCAGGCCUACGAGAGAGCCAGGGAUAUACAGGAAGCUCUAGAGUCGUGUCAGACGCGGGUCUCUAAGCUAGAGCUCCAGCAGCAGCAACAACAAACUGUACAGCUCGAGUCCAGUGAUGCCAGGGUGCUUCUGGGUAAGAGCAUCAACAUCAUGCUCGCCCUCGUCACCGUGAUCCUCGUGUGCGUCUCCACAGCCGCCAAGUUCGCCGCGCCCCUCCUGAGGAGCCGACGCCACGUGAUGGGCACCUUCCUGGGCAUGUGUCUGCUGGUGCUAUUCUGGAAGAACUGGGAUCAUUUUCAGCGUGCUAUGGAGAGUGUCCUGGUGUCAGCCUAAUGCUGUCCACAACCACACACUGCAACAAAUGAUCUCCGGAUGGAUCUCAGAGCGCAGAACAUCAAAAUAGUAUAUUUAUAGGUGAUUAGAACCUACAGUGGUAAGGUUCUACUGUAUACCGUUGGUCCUGGUGCUGCCUGGUGGGGGAGAAUGGAUCUGUCAAAACAUGGUCACUGACUGGUUAAUCUCACCAGGCAGAAUAACACUGAAUAUCAAGUCAAUGUGAGGUGCAAGAACGAACACACAACUAGAACAGACACCAUAACAACAGUCUGCUGAGAAUGUUGUAAUCCUUGAUUCAUGCUGGUUCUCGCAAUGUUAAGUCAUAUCACGAGAAACUACUUCCUGUUCACUCCUAAGAUUUCCAUUGGUCAGAAGAGGAUGAUGCAGUCCACCGUCACACUGUAACAAGUGGUCUCCGGACUCAGUCAGAACUCCAUCAGAAUGAUGUAUUUGUAAGUGAUGAAGAUCAGAAGAAGUGGGAUCGAGACUGAUGGUUUUAGACCGGGGACUUGGUUAAACCUCGGUUACUAACUUACUGUUCAUUAUACAAUAGGAUCUCAAUCUCCCUUGUCUCUGAGGGGAUUGGCGGAUUGGUCACGGAACAUAAUCAUCAAGUGUGCACAGUUCUGUUGCCUCACUGUUGUCUCAUGGUCGGAGAGGUUCAUCGGUCUUCAUGGACACACACACACACACACACACACACACACACACACACACACACACACACACACACACACACACACACACACACACACACACACACACACACACACACACACACACACAUACACAUGGACAUCUUGUUUUAUGUUUUUAAUGAUUGUUUCCCAAAAGGCACCCUAUUCCCUUUAUAGUGCACUACUUUUGACCAGAGCCCUAUGGGGCCUGUAGUGCACUACUUUAGACCAGAGCCCUAUGGGGCCUGUAGUGCACUACUUUUGACCAGAGCCCUAUGGGGCCUGUAGUGCACUACUUUUGACCAGAGCCCUAUGGGGCCUGUAGUGCACUACUUUUGACCAGAGCCCUAUGGGGCCUGUAGUGCACUACUUUUGACCAGAGCCCUAUGGGGCCUGUAGUGCACUACUUUAGACCAGAGCCCUAUGGGGUCUGUAGUGCACUACUUUAGACCAGAGCCCUAUGGGGCCUGUAGUGCACUACUUUAGACCAGAGCCCUAUGGGGCCUGUAGUGCACUACUUUAGACCAGAGCCCUAUGGGGCCUGUAGUGCACUACUUUAGACCAGAGCCCUAUGGGGCCUGUAGUGCACAACUUUAGACCAGAGCCCUAUGGGGCCUGUAGUGCACUAUAUAGCGAGGGUGCCAUUUGGGACGUACCCUAUGGACUUUGUUUCAUGUCUUACGGACAGACGUUCGUCAUUUCAUCCUUAUUGCCUGCAGUCACACGUACGUCUUUUAAAACGGACUUGGUUUGUUUACUUAUUUUAUUGGAUAAAUGUUAAAAGUGCAAUAUGUUGUUUGAUACAUGUUUUUUUUUUACGACUUCUUUGUUGUUUUUAUUUAGAAAAUAAUUUAUAGAGAAGUGAUGAGGUGCUGUCUGGGCGGGGGGGGGGGGGGUAUAUAUAUGGUUGCCUGAUGAAUCCUUACUAAGGCCACUGAGGUUUUGUGAUAAGACUUCUUCUGCCUGAGACAAAAUCAAUCCAAUGGGAUUAUCAGUUUGUUUUCCCACCAGGUUAUCGCUCCAUAAACAUCAAGACAAUAUAAAGACAGCGUAAAAAAAAACAGCAUAAAGACAUAUGGACGGUGUCUCUUCUUCAGUCUCUUACACUACUCACAUAUCUCAUGGGAUUUCAUUCAUGCGGUUUUACAGAGUUCCAAUAGUAAUAAAUAAUCUGAAUAGCUGAGUAGAGUGGACUGUCUACAACACUGUGAUAUCAGGGUUAUUUUACCAUCCCGCUGAGAAACACUUUUCCUGUGAUAGUUGGGUCGUUCCACCAAUUCAGUGACGUUUGAGAAGUGUAAAUUUGGUUUAAAAAGGUUUUUAAAAACAACUUUGAUUUCAACAAAUGUUUACAUUCUGUCAUAAACUUAAUAAAUCCAACAUGUUUUACCA